AUUUUUUAGGUUAGUUAUCUAACUUCGUUGAACGAUGGGGCUUCAGAACUUAACACCAUUUUACCGAUACAACAUCGCUUAGAAAAGUAUCUAGUUGGAUAUCGAUGAGGAAAAGUUAUCACACCUUUGGUAGAUAUGGCAAGCAGUCGCUUCAUAUUUGAGCUCAUCAGAGAAAGUAUCAGUGCACAAUACACGGACACACUCUUUGUUAACAACACGAAUAGCUCACAACCGAUAAAUGACAGUGUUUGCUACCCGCUAACCGAGGACUUCGCCCCUCGGAUGCUAUAUCUUGAACUUGAGGAAGUCAUCACUUCAGUAGUGCUACCCAUAAUAUUGGUACUUGGUCUGUCGACAAACAUGUCAUUCUUAUACGUCGUAGGUAAAGUACGCUCAAUGCGCACGGUAACCAACGCGUACCUCGUCAAUCUAGCCGUUGGUGAUAUGCUGUUUCUUAUCGUCGUCAUUUCCGACAAAUUGUGGAGUUUUUACACUUCGGAACUGUACUCGGAUCACUCCUCGAGAUCUACAUUUAGCUGUAUCGCCCUCAACGUUUUAAACUAUACAACUUUGUUCACCUGCGAGUUUCUGCUAACGGCAGUCGCUGCUGAACGCUACUACGCGAUCUGCCAUCCGUACAGGUCAGCCCGACUAGAUCGUCGUCAUCUUAGCCGUAAUAUCAUCGUCUCUAUUUGGAUCAUCUCAGCAUGCCUUGGCCUAACAAUGACACCAGCCUUUUGUAAAUUAACGUCAUAUUGUUUAAUAUGGCCCGAUGAUGAGAAGUACGAUUAUCUGCCAACCGAGUGGGCCGCUUGCAGUUACGUACACAUCAUAGCUCGUAUCUAUGGUGACAUGUUACGCGCAAUACCAUUUUUCGUUGUCCUUAUUGUGAAUGUUGUUUUAUAUUCGCUAAUCAUUAAAGAACUAACAAACAAGUCUAAAGACGAAUGUGAGACGCAAGCAAAAACGAGCCGUAUAAUUCGUAACCAAGUUGCCAUGAUGCUCAUCGUCAACACAACCGUGUUCUUCGCCCUCAUGUCACCGUUCAACGUAAUGUCGGUGAUAAUGAUGUUUGAUAGUCAUCGAACGAAGCGCCUCCUUACUCCAGAGGGCCGCAGAAUAUGCAUUCUAUUCACUCGCCUCUUGAGUUACUGUAAUUCAGUUGUGAACCCGUUAAUCUACAAAGCCAUGAACGCACGUUAUCGGAAAGCGUUCGUUAUUGCAUUCGGCUGCUCGAAGGAAAAUCAUGAAGCCGCAGAUGUGACAGAAAAAACGAACACGAGUACAGCAUUCACGUCAUAAACACGCCAAAACUACAUAUCUGUAAUUAUAAAUCCCACAAUUAAUUAAGGACAAGGGCUCGAUGAGGAGAUAUACGUGCGAAAUAAGCAAUAUUCCAAUGUCAUUACGUAUUAACACUACAAUUCAUCUUCUUAAAAUAUGCAAAGGUUGAAAUACGCUUCAAUAAAUCGUAGUCGGACUUACCGAAGUACAAUUAAGAUCUAAAUAUUUCAAUCAAUGUCAAUACUAUUGUUUUUAUAUGUUUGUAUAACUGCACUGUAUACUGUACAACAAUGAUUUAUAUAAGCCUACAUGAAUUUU